AUGAGUAUUAAACCAAGUGUACUGGGAGCUCCAGACUCCUUUGGUUGGUUAGCAUCGAAGUUGGGUAACUACACAGCUAAAUCGGGGUACUAUAUUGCAAUCACAAUGGAUCAAAAGGAACCGUUUCCUAACCAAAGCCUCUACCAAGCCAUAUGGAAAGCUAAAAUAUCCCCAAAACUUCAAUUAUUUCUCUGGAAAAUAGCUAAGGGAGCUCUGGCCUUGGGGGAGAACUUAGCAAAGCGAGGACUUCUUUCCAACGUAACAUCAUGUAAACACUGUGGGGACUUUGAGACAACCGACCACGUUUUUCUACACUGCAGCUUUACCAGGCAGAUAUGGACAGCACAAUGUUGGAAGCUGAAUUUCAAUCCAUCAGACUGCACAUCUUUCAGUGAAGCCUUUAUGGCCUCGACGAGACAGAUCAACCUCCCACCGCCGGGAGUGACAGGAAAUCUAUUCCCGUGGCUAUGCUGGGGAAUUUGGACGGCGCGAAACUACCAUAUCUUCGAGAACAGAGCCUCUCUACCUGUGGACAUUACCUCGAGAUCAAUCAAAAACGCAAGGGAAUGGACGGAAGCCCAACUAAGCUCGCCCCCACCUCCACUUGGACAGAGCCAAAUGAAUACUAUACCAGCAGGAACGACAUGUAUGAUCUCUUGCUGUUCUGAUGCUGCAUGGCAGGCGACGACAAACAGGGCGGGUUGUGGUUGGAUUUUCACAGAUCAUCGUGAUGAACGGUUACUACAGGGGACGGCAACAUUCGAUCACACAGUGUCCCCAUUAAUGGCGGAAGCCUUGGCUGUAAGAUCAGCACUCCUCCAUGCCCUCGAAGCGGGGUACUCAAGAAUCUGCUUAAAAUCAGAUUGUCAAGCCCUCGUGGCUAUUAUCACCUCGACGCAUCACCCGACAGAGCUCUACGGAAUCACUCGGGACAUCGAGCAUCUAUCACUCUCCUUUGACUGCAUUGUUUUUACUUUUAUUCCUAGGAACCUUAAUGUUAUGGCUGAUUCACUUGCUAAAUCAGUCUUGUACUUGGCCACAGCCAACUAA